UUCUGUUUGCGUUGCUAUUGUCUCACAGCGGCUGCAGCAGCAGCAGCUCUUCAACAUAAUUUGAGUUUUUCAGCCCCCUGUUUUCUCUCUUCUCCUUGGAAAAGCCUCUCCCUCGUUCUCCCUCUCCCAAUCUCUCCCCCACCCCCAAUGAUUAAAUCCUACAGUGCGAUGAGAAGUGAGAGAGUGACAGAGAGGAGAGGAUGUGCAGGAGGAUAUAGACUGCAGACAGAGAUGCGAUAUCAAGCCACAUUCAGCCUCAUUUUCCUAUCUGGAUUUGACCACAGGUUUUCUUGGCAGUGAAGGCUUUUUUUUUUAUUUCACAUCUUUUAUCACUCCAUAAGGCCUCAUGUUUUUUUUUUUUUAGUAAUAUUAUUAUUUUUGUUGCUGGGCUGUGUGCACGCGCGUGUGAGGAGGAGGGCUUUUAAAGCAGUGACGGAGAGCGAAGCGAGGGCAUCUGGACGUCUGGGAGGCAGUGACGGCUGGCUGGCUGCAUUGUGUUGCUUUGAAGACCCCUGCUGUGUAGCUGCCUGUUCAUCAACCUCUCUCUCUCUCUCUCUCUCUCUCUUCCCCCAUCACCCUCCCCUUUCUCUCUCCUCUCUUUCCUCCUUCUCCACCUCGUCUUCCUUUUCCUCUCUGUCCAUCACAGCUCCCGGCCCAGCCAUGUUCGGCACAGAGUCCUCAUUAAGCAUGUUUCUCAACACCCUGACGCCCAAGUUUUACGUGGCUCUGACGGGCACUUCCUCCCUCAUAUCAGGACUCAUAUUGAUCUUUGAGUGGUGGUAUUUCAGGAAAUAUGGGACCUCCUUCAUAGAGCAGGUGUCUGUGAGCCACCUGCGCCCCCUGCUGGGCGGAGUGGACAGCAGCUCCCCCAGCAACGCCAACACCAGUAAUGGGGAGGCCGACUCCAAUCGACAAAGUGUGUCUGAAUGUAAAGUGUGGAGAAAUCCUCUGAAUUUAUUUCGUGGCGCAGAGUAUAAUCGAUAUACAUGGGUAACUGGUCGAGAGCCUCUGACGUAUUAUGACAUGAACCUGUCGGCGCAAGACCACCAGACCUUCUUUACCUGUGACUCAGACCACCUCCGGCCGGCUGAUGCCAUAAUGCAGAAGGCGUGGAGAGAGAGGAACCCACAGGCUCGCAUCUCUGCCGCACACGAAGCACUGGAGCUUGAAGAUUGUGCGACAGCAUACAUCCUCCUGGCAGAGGAGGAGGCCACCACCAUCAUGGAGGCUGAACGCUUGUUUAAACAGGCACUAAAAGCUGGAGAGAGCUGUUAUCGCCGCAGCCAGCAGCUCCAGCAUCAUGGUACACAGUAUGAAGCCCAGCACAGAAGAGACACCAACGUGUUGGUGUAUAUAAAGAGAAGACUGGCCAUGUGCUCCAGAAAGCUUGGCCGAACACGAGAAGCUGUUAAAAUGAUGAGAGAUUUGUGUGUUUUCCAGUUAAUGAAGGAGUUCCCUCUCCUCAGUAUGUUCAACAUCCAUGAAAACCUGCUGGAGUCGUUAUUAGAGCUCCAGAACUACGCUGACGUCCAGGCCGUUCUGGCCAAGUAUGACGAUAUUAGCUUACCCAAAUCUGCAACAAUAUGCUACACAGCAGCCUUGCUCAAAGCGAGGGCGGUAUCGGACAAGUUCUCUCCCGAAGCAGCGUCCAGGCGAGGACUGAGCACAGCAGAGAUGAACGCAGUAGAAGCCAUCCACAGAGCGGUGGAGUUCAACCCUCACGUCCCCAAAUAUCUGCUGGAGAUGAAGAGUCUGAUUCUUCCUCCAGAACACAUCCUGAAAAGAGGCGACAGUGAGGCCAUCGCCUACGCCUUCUUCCACUUGCAGCACUGGAAAAGGGUGGAGGGGGCGCUCAACCUGCUGCACUGCACCUGGGAAGGCACGUUCAGAAUGAUCCCCUAUCCUCUGGAGAAGGGACACCUCUUCUAUCCUUACCCCAUCUGCACAGAGACAGCCGACAGAGAGCUGCUACCCACAGUGUUUCACGAGGUGUCAGUGUAUCCAAAGAAGGAGCUACCCUUCUUCAUCCUCUUCACAGCCGGACUCUGCUCCUUCACCGCCAUGUUGGCUCUGCUCACACACCAGUUCCCUGAGCUCAUGGGAGUGUUCGCUAAAGCGUUCCUCAGCACGUUGUUCGCUCCUCUCAACUUCAUCAUGGAGAAGGUGGAGAGCAUCCUGCCGUCCAGCCUCUGGCACCAACUCACCCGCAUAUGACCUCACACACCACCACAGAACCAGACCCCGGAGAAAACCAGAACCAGGAGCCGACCUCCAACCGGACAGAAACAGCUGAACUGAAACCCAGAAUGCUGCAUUGGACUGAACUGACCACACGUCUGUGCCAAGAUGAAGAGUUCAAAGCAAACGGGCGCAAGCGGUCGCCAGGAGGACGAGGAGGAGGAGGAGUGAGGCGAAAAACACAACACAACACAACACAACAACAGCAGAAUCCAGAAUUGGUUUUGACUUUAUUUGAUAUGUUUGCAUUUUUUGGGUUUUCAAUCAUUUAAAGCUGUUCUUUUGUUGUACAAAAAAAGAGGUGAUGAAUUGCCAUCGUAAAAAAAAAAAAAAAAGUUGAAAAGACGGAAAAAAAAUUACAAUAAAGGACUUUUUGUGUAUCGCUGCAA